GAUAGUUGUCGGUAGAUUAUCGUGGAGUACGGACGGAUGUCAAAUGCGCUGUAUGAUUGUUUUGUGAGUUGUCUCAAGAAAAAGUGGCUAAAUUUGUGGAUUUUCCGGUGAAAAGUGCAUUUAGUGUGACUAUUAAUGCAUAUGCUGUGGUGUCUGUGAGAUUCCAUCACAAUUAAUUUGAUUGAAUAAUUAAGAGACAAGGAGUCAGCAAUUAUCAUAAUAAUUUGAUAAAUUAAGUGACAAAAAGGCUCGUGAUCGUGAAUUAGAAGUGAUUUCGUAAAAGAGGUGAAAGAGAAAAGGUAUAGGUAGUGAAGGUGAAAAGGUGUUAGUCACAAAAGGGCCCGAAAUUGGAGACUCACGGGAAUUUCUUGAAAGAUACAUUGAAAAAGUGCUUGGAUCAGUGUUAUGAGAAAAUGAGUACGCCGAUCACGUCGCAGCAGCAACAAGCGGGGGUUCAACAGCCUCCGGCGGUACCACAGGGUGGACCACCCCCUGUGCCCGCCACUAAACCCAUACUUUCCUCACCCGGAGCCUAUAUGGCCAAUUUUGUUCCACCAGGAGUCCCAUCGGCGCCCACAGCGGGCAUCCAUGGGGUCAAUAAGCAACACGAGAAGCCAGUGAUUGCUGCUAGACCCAUACCACCACCAACUCUGCCCAAGUACACCUCCAGCUUCGGGAAGAUCGAUCGUGAUCGCAAUGAAUUCGGCAAGAUAGAUCGAUCUGAGAGGGAAAAGGAGGGCAUUGGUGGAUCCUAUCGAAUUCCCAGUCUCGAUCGAUUGGCGUAUAAACAGAGACUUCUGGAGCAAAACGGUGGCCUGGGGGGCGUUAUUGAGAAGAAUGGAAAUGGCGAUAGUGCUGGCCUACCGUCUGCGUUACAAUCGAAGAGGGAGAUGUUCUUCAAGCAGGAAACCACUUCGACAAAUUCCACCGCGCUCAAUAAUCAUAAUCACAAUGUAACAGCGACACAACAGAUCUCAGCGACUUCUGUAUCUUCGGCCACAACACCAUCAGCAGUGGACAAAGUGGUCACGGCCAUUAACAAUGGGCACACAAAUGCCACAACUGUGAACAAUUUGAAUAAUAUUUCCGCAAGUAAGGAAAAGCGUGAUUUUUCACACGAGAAUAACCAUCAGGAUUCAAAUAAGAUGGUAACAGAGCGGCAGGAUAGGGAGAAGCAGCAGGCGAUUGUGCGUCCCAAGCCAAAGGAGCUGGAGGGAUAUGUGGGUUUUGCAAAUCUACCAAAUCAAGUCUACAGGAAGGCUGUUAAGAGGGGUUUCGAGUUUACUCUUAUGGUUGUCGGUGAAUCUGGACUGGGAAAGUCCACAUUGAUCAACUCAAUGUUCCUGGCGGAUAUUUACAAUCAGGACCAACAUCCAGGACCUUCUUUGCGCGUAAAGAAGACUGUCCAGGUGGAGACUACGAAGGUUUUGCUCAAAGAAAAUGGUGUUAAUUUAACAUUAACUGUCGUUGAUACUCCGGGCUUUGGUGAUGCUGUCGACAACAGCAAUUGUUGGGUCCCAGUAAUUGAUUUUGUUGAAUCAAAAUAUGAGGAAUAUUUGACGGCAGAAUCUCGUGUACAUCGAAAGGCAAUGUCUGACAGCCGUGUUCACUGCUGUCUGUACUUUAUUGCACCGUCAGGACAUGGAUUGAAGCCACUCGAUGUGGAAUUUAUGCAACGACUCUGCGACAAAGUCAAUAUCAUUCCAGUAAUUGCCAAAGCGGACACAAUGACACCCGAAGAAGUGCAACUAUUUAAGAAACAGAUUCUCAACGAGAUUGCCCAGCACAAAAUCAAAAUUUACGACUUUCCGGAACCGUUGGAGGAUGAGGAGGAGGCCAAAGUGCUGAAGCAGCUCAGGAGUCGUGUUCCGUUUGCUGUUGUGGGUGCAAAUGUGGUUAUUGAGGUGGAUGGACGGAAGGUUCGUGGUCGAAGGUAUCCAUGGGGAGUUGCUGAAGUUGAGAACUUGGAACACUGUGACUUUAUUGCUCUGAGAAACAUGGUCAUUAGGACACACUUGCAUGAUCUCAAAGAUGUCACCAAUAAUGUUCACUACGAGAACUACAGGUGCCGUAAAUUGGCCGGAUUAGGGAAUGAUGGAAAAUCCGGUAGAUUGAGUAAUAAGAACCCUCUGGCUCAGAUGGAAGAAGAAAAGCGUGAACAUGAGCUCAAGAUGAAGAAGAUGGAAGCUGAGAUGGAGCAAGUGUUUGAGAUGAAGGUGAAAGAGAAGAAGCAGAAACUCAAGGAUUCAGAAAUUGAAUUGACUCGAAGGCAUGAAGAACGAAAGAAGUCUCUGCAGACGCUGGAGAUACAAAUUAGGGAACUGGAGGAUCGAAGACGCGCCUUUGAGCAGGAAAAGAAGGAGUGGGAGGAGGCAAAUGGGGUGACACUGGAGGAAUUGAAAAGACGCAGCUUGGAAGCAAAUAGCAAAGAGAGUGCGUCAAUGUCUUCCAGGAGUGAUGAGUCAAAGGGUCGACGUGUUUUUGGAUCAUUGCUGCGACGCCAUACAAGCUUUGGCGGUACUGAAUCAUCUCGAGCUGCUUCUAAUGCUAAUCUACCAACGAGUCCGCAAGAAUAAGCUUAAAAAAACCAAGCUCAAGAGCUUAUGCAACGCGUAAAGAAUGCAAAAAAAGGAUAUUUUUUCAAUGAGGCACAAACAUAUCACAAUUAUGUGUCAUUGUUUUGUACAAAACCUCUUGAGUAGCUUUUAGUUCACAUCCUUUCGAAAUGGUUUUAAGACAUUAAACGGCAUUUUAUGUUUAAUAUUAACAUUCAUUGCAAAUAAUUCAUAUUGAGUGUGCGUGUGUGUUGUGAAAAAGGCAAGAUUUUAGCUUUUUUUCUUAGUUUUCUACGAAGAUAUUUCUCUUAAUUUUCGUUUCUGUCCUUUUUUUAUUUAUUUAAUGUAUCGAAAUUGUAUAUUUUUCAUAUUGAUACUUCUAUUUAAAGUAAAGUAUAAAAACCCGAGUUUAUUUUCUAAAUAAUAAAAAAUCAUAAAUUAUAAUAAAAA